UGGCAGACUCAGGGUCUGCGACCUGUCACUCCACACCAACAGCGUCCUGGCUGCAACCAGCGACAUACGGUACUUUCAAAUUGCACGUCGCGGAUGGGAGGAUGAAAAAGGGGAGGGAGGGAAUACGCAUACAUUACUCGGCGCCCCCCAGACUUCCCUACCGACGUUUUCAGUGCGGUUCGUCCACGAACGACGCACGAAAAUCCAGAGCAUACCACGUCCCUAGUCGAUCGAGGAUAUCAGUUACCUACGACGCCAUCAUGAGUCUCAGCUUUCUCCCUGGCCAUGAAAUGUUCCCCAUACCGCCGAUUCCACCCCGACGAAUACGUCAAGAAACUCUGGAUCGCUUCAUAAGUGCGAUCUCUGCCGGUGACUGGGAGGACUUUGACACUUACCUUGCGACGUUCGGCCCCGACAAGGAGUUCGAAAUAGAUGAUCUCUACCCAGUUGCAUUCGAAGCCAUCAAGCAAGAUUCUGCCAUAGCCAUGGAGAGGAUACUAAGCCGUGGCAUGACUGUGCGCCACAGCUUCGCACUGGAGGCGAUAAGCGCCAAGGCGAAGCAAUGUCUCGAUGUCAUCGUCAAGAGAUGGGAUGUCAAUACUCCUAUUAGCGAGACUGAGCCCACUGUACUUGCUUAUGCCGUUGACAAUGAAGAAAUGGCCCUAUGGCUGGUUGCUCACGGCGCCGACCUAAACAAGCAGACUUACAUCGACCUGACACCCAUGUCGUACGCCGUCCAAUUCGCCCCACUUGCGCUCAUCGAAAAAUUGCUUGAUCGCGGUGGUGAUAUACAUAGUGGAGAACUGUUGCAACAUGCAUUGGAUAGGGCGACUGAUACAAUAGAGGUUCUAUGUAUGUUGAUUGACCGAGGUGCACCGCUAGAGGCCAUUAUGUAUGAGAAGCACGAGGCUUCAAGGAGGCUAUAUCCUUUCAUGGAAUUUGGUACACCCCUACACAAGGCUGCUACCAUGGGCAAGGCAGACGUUGUACAAUUUCUACUAGAAAGAAAAGCCAAUCCUGCCAUUCGGAAUACCAAAGGUCGGACGCCAGUGGAGUGUGCAGUCGAGUCAGGCUCUUUGGAGACAGUAGAGGUGUUGAGGUCGGUUUCCACGGAUUAGAUAUUACCUAGGUACAUGGGCAGGGCCUGGGUCGCUGGGGAAUUCGUCUGAGUGGAAAAUUUUAGCAAUUUGCCUUAGAAUAGGCUCUUUUCCAAGUGAUCGAGGCAUUUGGGUCUAUCAGCACUGAUUUGACCUUGAUGUGAUGAGCAACUGUAAGGUUGGGAAAACGACAGUAGGC